UCCAUCUAUUCUAAUAACAAAAUUACAAUAUGUACACAAAAAAUAUUAGCUCACCCCAUGUUACUGAUGCACCAAGUCGCGUUAAUAUAAUAGUCACAAAAGGAUGUAAUGUGCGUGUGCGGAUGGCCUGAAAAUCACCCAAUUAAGUUGUUUUCCCUUAUUUCAUUUUAUUUGGUUCUUUCUUCAUUAGGCUGGCGAUAAACAGGAUGGCGUGACAAGAAAAGAAAUCCUCCGCACCUGUCGCUCCUUCAGCCUACCCGACUGCUCGUCGCGGACCACUGAGCAGGAGGAAGGGACCCAGCGCUCGGACGCAGCUGCUUGCCGUUUUCUCUCGAUAACGCACACAGACGUUCGUCGCCGAGCGAGACCUUGGGGUCAGGAUGAGCGCCCAAGAGACAACGGCCCUUCUGGGCUAUGGGGGCACGCCCAGGAUCCUAGAGACUCCGCCCACGCCUCGGCGGAGCUUCUUCGAGGCCCAGGAGAGCUCGCAUCACUCAUCAAAGUUCCCUGAGCCCCCCAAGGGCAUCAGCGUCUUCACCGCCAUCUGCUACGUGUUGGGCGUCUUCGGCGUCAUGCCUGUCGUGGCACUUCCCGGCGCGAUUGUGUAUUGUGGCUGGCCUGGAUUCCUCAUAGCGGGUUUGCUGCUGCUGACGGAGGCGUACACCGCGACUCUCCUGGGGCGGAGCUGGCUGCUGCUGGAGGUGUUCUGGCCGAGGGAAGCCGCAGCUCAGCGCAGGUACCCGUACCCGGCCCUCGCGGAAAAGGCCGGAGGUCCCUUCUUGAGGAAGGUCGUCAGCUGCAUCUUAGACAUCGCUAUCUUCGGGGCCGCUGUUCCCUUUAUGCUGCUGGCUGCUGAGACACUCCAGUCAUUAGUCGCUCGUCUAGCAGGUUUAGAUUUCUCCUUCUGCUAUUGGCUUCUGAUCACCACGUUCUUCCUGACGCCUCUGCUCUGGUACGGGACCCCGAAGGACCUUGGUCUGGUCACUUGGCUGGGCGCAGGGUCCGUGGUCGUCGUCAGCCUCCUCACAAUCAUCAGCCUGGCGUUAGACGCCCCUGCGACCGCGCCCUCGGCCCCCGACUCCACUCCUUCGUGGACGGCAAUAGCAUAUUGCUUUGGCGCUGUGGCUUUCCAGUUUGAUAUUCACCCUAUGAUUUUGACUGUUCAGAGCGACAUGAGAGAGAAGAGCCGCCUGCCUGUCGCUGUCAUCGUGGCCUUCAUAAUGGCAGCAACUGCCUUUGGGAGCGUAAGCGUCGUGGCCUUCACGCUCUACGGCGACACCGUCAAGACCAACAUCCUGAACAACCUCAGCGGAGGGCCGCUCCUCUACGCCAACAUGGCCAUCGUGGCGCUGCAGAUGCUUCUGUGUUUGGUGCUGGGGAUCAACACCCUCUUCCAGGACCUGGAAAACACGCUACAGAUACCUGACAGUUUCGGGUGGCGCCGCAUUUGCCUCCGCACGCUGGUGAUGCUGGCCAUCCUGUUCGUGUGCGAGUCCAUCCCGCACUUCGGGGUCGCCAUCGAGCUGGUGGGCGGCUUCCUCGUCACGCCUUUCAUCUUCAUUUUCCCGCCAAUAUUCCACAUACUCAUCAAGAAAAAGGCGAGCGGCCGCGUGGACGUGAAGGACCUGGUGCUGGCCUCCAAUGUGGUGACGAUCGGCCUCGUCGGGAGCUACGCCGCCACGUCCGAGAGCUUCCUGCAGGUCUUCCAGCUGACGGACUUCGCGCCGCCCUGCUACAUCAACCUCACGGCCGCCACCUCCUCGGUCCGCCAGGAGUCUGCGGGGUUCCAAAAGGAGGACUAAAGAAGCACAUAUAAUAAAUAUGGCCGCUACUGUUCUGUAGUGAAUACUAUUUAUUUUGUACAGAACUAUAAGUGUAGGAAUAUAUUUGCAAGUUUCCUAGACCUGUUUUUAUAUUCUUUUAGGCAAAGGCCCUCUACAAAGUAAUACGAUUUCCAUCAGACUGCCGAAAGUAGCAAACUGAAAAUUAAAACAAGAUAAAUGACAUUAAUAGUUAUGACAAUGAUUAUACUAAGCGACAUUAUAUGUAAUGAUAAUAAAUAUGAUAAUCAUAAGGAACAAGAGGGCAUGGUGUGAAGAAAAACAGGGUGAUAACUAUGGUCAAACGAAGUUGAAGUAGGUUAUGAAUCGCAAACACAAACAACUUUUUUGUUUUUGAAAGACAGGGACAUGGAACGAAGCUUUCCUCAUAUAGUGAUAUAUGGGAUGAAAUUGCAUAAAAGAUGCAUAAUUGCAUAUGCAUUCUUACGUUGUGUAAUAAUAAAUCAUACCACUGCAUCGCAGAACUUCCGUCUCUACAGCAAUCCAGGUGUUCAGCUUUCCAAACAGUAGCAUAAGUAAAAUAAUUUUUUAAAAUUGUAUACCUUUAUCGUUAAGCCAAAAUAUCGAACAUGUUUAUAUUCGCGUUUUGUUGUCUUGUUCGAAAGGUCGAGUUGUCGGCUCGAUCUCCUGUCCGUUUGGUCAAGCAGAAUGUGACUGCAUGUAGAGAAAUCAUUUAUAGGAUUAAUUUUUAUCUUAUAUUUUGUUUACAAUUAAGAGCAGUUGGAGUGAAUAAAAGGAAUCAACAGUAAA